AUGCAGCUCCCAUCCGUCCUCCUACCGGCUAUCGCGCUCCUCGCGCAGACGGCUUCUAGUUUCCUGCUAUCAUCGCCCCAUGACACAGUCACCUCAGAGGACUUCGCCAAAAACCAAGGCCUGCGUAUUGGGUUCUACCGGUUUAACACAGGCCCAACCGCGGCAUUCGUGUUGGAUGACGACGGGAACCUGAACAUGAAGUCGCACCCCCAUGUCGCGUUCUUCGACAGAGGUGGUGGUUUGUGGCGUUUGGAGUUUGGAUCGCCCAACACUCCCGGUGCACCAAAAUCCAUCAAGGGGCCAUUUGCGACGGAAGGUGGGCUCUUCAAAUACAAGGGCGAGGGUGGAUUUGAGUGGUACUUGUGUAAUGACGGUUCGUCUGGUUUGGACAUUGUACUAGGUGCCCCGAGGCUUGACGUGGAAACCAACGGUUGCAUUGCGGGUGUCGACCUCAUUGUCGAAGAUUCGGUGUAG